GCUGCUUAAUACGCCGCCACUACUUCAGCUAGAUUUAGCAAUUCUUAAAGAAAAUUGUAUCUAUUAAAAUACCAAAUAUACAAAUAUCAACAGCAACAUGUUAAAUAUGCGUAAUCAACUUGACAAGAUAAUUAUUACCGCUAUGGAUCGUUUUGUAUGGUUUGUUUUACUAGUGGUAAUGUCGCAUCUAGUGACAGAAUUUACUCGUGUCACUGGUUAUACCAGAGGGCCUCGCCAAGAUGUGGUCAUGGUAAACGACUCCUCAAUUCAACCUAUAAGAGUACAGAAUCUAGUACUGUAUCCUGGUCAGGAAUAUGGACUUUACGAGCAGCAAAACCAACAGUAUUACAACGGCAACAAUCGCUACAACAAUUACGCCAAUAGCGAUAAACAGCACAACACUAAUAAUAAUAACUUUUUAAGUAGUUUAUUUAAUCAAUUUACCAACAACAACAACAAUCAACAGCCACAACAGCCUAACAGCGGCAACAGCAACAACAUUCUCAACGUGCCCGCUGACCAGGGAGAUGUUAGAACAUUCAGUUUUCGUCCAAUUAUCGACAGUAUAUUUGAGAUACCCAUAUCAACAUUACGUGCAGUCAAUAAUUUGGUGGGACGCUUAACGGGAGGCUAUCAGCAGCCCCAACAACAGGAUCAACAGCAUCACCAAUUGUUGCCACAACAACAGCCACCAAAAUACUCCUCUUAUCCUUCAUACCCUGCAUCAGCAUCUGCACAGUCAUCCUCCUCGUACUAUGGCAUGCAAAAAUCUGCUGGCACAAUAGAACCAAAAACACAAUUUGAAAUGCUGAAUCGAAUACGCCAAACGUCCGAAACACCAGCAGCAGCAACACAAAAUGCUGCCCCUGUGCAACAGGCAGAAAUAAGAAAAUCUUCCCUCAAUAAUGGUCUGCAGCAACAUUGAAAAGAAAUUUCAAAGCAAAACCCAGUAAAAGCUGCUUAAACAUCCAAUCAUCCUAUACUAUUUCUUAAAGUAGUACCAACCGUUGUUAGUAAGUGUUCCUGUUGUCUCCUGUAAUUGUAGUUGUACGAGUAUUUCUUAAUAAUAGACUUUAAUUAAAUUCGAUUCAAUUGAUUUUAAGGAAUUUUUCUUUCCACUAACAUUGGAAUCAAAAUUCUUUGCUGUUUCGGCAAAACAGCACACACAUUUUAUGAAAAUUGUAAAAAGAAAAAUCAAUCGAUUUUGCUUGUUGCACAGAAAUGAAGGUGAAGGUUAAAUGGAGAAAUAAAUGGGAAUAGGAAAUAACGGGAGUAAACAAAUGAUUGGCAAUAUUGGGUAACAAAUAUUUAAUAACAUUAAAAUAUUGAACAAA